UUCGCUGAACAAAUGUGAAUGCCUAGAUCGGGAAAUAUUUUAAGUGCUCGUCGCUGGAUCCAACAAAAAUGUCCAAAAAACAAAAAAAUCUCGCAGCUGGCACGUUGCGCGGGAAAGAAGCGUUACUCGAGUGGUGCAAGCGACAAACGGUGGGAUACAAGAACGUUCGUGUGUCUAACAUGACAACCUCAUGGAGAGAUGGAUUAGCCUUUUGUGCUAUAAUACACCGCUACAAGCCGGACCUCAUGUAAGAACAAUCAUGUUCUCACUUCACAUUAAGAUAGGAAACAAAAAUUCUUGACUUCCCUGAGUUUUUCAGAUUAUAUCGUAUGUUAAUUUAAAUGUGAAAAAGGUGAAAUUUAAUCUGAACUCUCGAUCUAAGCUGGUUUUGUAGCAUAAACGAGUUGCGUUUGAAUCGAGCACUUGAUACAAAUUUGCAAGAAAUACAAAUUUCGAAACAGUAUUAUAAUCUCCCAUUUAGUAUUGGGUAUCUUAAGAUGUAUUUCAAUUGACUACCAGCUCUCGAUCGCAAACGUUUCAAACCUCGAUAAAGCAAUCUGCAUAUAACAAAAUCAUCAUGGGCUAAAUUUCACAAAAUUCGUAAUCGUAGAAUGCAAACUUGUUCUGUUUCUGACAAUAUUGGAAAAUAAUCCUAUGCCAAAAUACGUUUUUCCUAAGCGCUGUUUAUGUCUACACUUGAUGUGAGAUAUUGCAAAAACAAUAAUUAGUGUUUGCGUCUGAAUACUCAUACUUCAGACGCAAUCAAAACAUAACAAGUGAUGUAAGCUUUGUUUUUAUUAACAUAUCUUUAAAUGUCGGAGAAAUUUGAGCUGCCUAUAAUGAAACCAAACUACAGAUAACCCGAACGUGUGCAGGUCCGGCCCUAAAUUGCAGAUUUCAAGAAGGUUUGGGUUUCAGAAAAUUUCAGAACAUAGCAUCAUCGGAGGAAAUACAAAAUUAAGAAAAUGAAAAAGAAAAAAGCGCAAUCAAAAGACUCGUGAUUGCUAAAAUGCGUCACGUUUGCGGAAGAUUUCCGGAAUACCCACAUGUCCACUAUCGGAUGUAGAUAUUUCACUUAGCCCUUUACAUCCUACAAGCGAUGAACGUGUAAAUUUUCCUUACAAUAUAGACCACGAAAUUCUCCAAAUCAGUUUAUAACUUAGUGUACCGUAGCUGGAAAGGAGAUUUGCAAAGUAGAUCAAAGGUCAUAGGACGGGCAAGCUGGAUUCAUCUCCUUCGUUUUUCGAUAGCAGUAUUCUAAUCGAUUAUGAUCGUUCUCGCUAUAAGUCGCAAUCGAGUAUUAACUUAAUUUCCGUGUCGGUGUUCGGUCUUCACUCAAGCUGUAAUACCGAUCAUUCUUUUAUUUCAGAGAUUUUCAGAAUCUAUCGAAGGAAGACAUGUUGAAAAAUAACGAACUGGUAAGCUGAACUAUUUUUAAUAUUUAUAAUGCAUUUUCAUUGUAUGUUUUUGAAACAGUCUUCGGCAUGAAGAAUAUUAAACAUUUCUCUUUCUCUCAUUAUUACUGAAAUUGUGACAGAAAAUGAAAGCCUGUCAGCAUAAAUGUUGAUAAGUUCUUCCUGUCUGAUAUUGUAAUAAUGCCAAUUUUUGGCAACUAUCAGAGUUUGGUCAAAACAAAAUUAAUCAAAAGUUUGGCUCGAUGUCAGCGUAUGACCAUCAUAAUGAGAAUGAUGUUUUAUCAGCAACAAUGUUAGGUGGGCCACACCCACCUGAAGAUAAAGGCAAUCCCUGGUAGAUAAAUGUGUAAAAAUUUAGACUAAUCUUGCUCUCUUUGCUUAAAAAAGUAACUUUGAUUGCAAAACGAGUGGAGUCCUAAGCGUUCUUUAGACUGGGCGAUGAAAUGCUGGGGUUGAAAUGAUGUCAAUGAAAUGAGUGCGAGGCAUGCCGGGAAGGAAGACCUCCUAUAGUCGAAAAAAGUUGUGUUUUUACAUCAAAUAGAGGUGGCUAUACUGAAAAUAAAUUACUGCAAAAGGUGGGCUUUUUUUUUUUCCUGCGGUCUGCCACUAUUGUAGAUCAGUCAAUUAUAUCGUUUUUUUGUGUGGAAAAAACCGUCUCAAAAAUUAAUACGUCCUCUUAACACACAAAUUUUGUCUCGUUACCAGGCUUUUAAGGUAGCAGAGGAACAGCUCGGUGUCCCCGCUUUAUUGGACGCGAGAGAUCUGGUGUCUAUGGAUGUCCCGGAUGAACAAAGCGUCAUGACUUAUCUUUCUUCGUUGUUUUUCAGUCUAAACAACUUCAAACCUUCAGGUAACAUAAGUUUGGCUUUCAGUGUUUUGUGAUUGAUACCUUGCUGUUAUUUGAUACAAUGUUUGUCGAAAAGUGAGUUAUUGUUCACAGAAUCGUGAUUAUGGCUUUUUGUUACUUUGCAGAAGACACAGCGGAAAUAAACAACAAUACGAUACCGAAAGGUAAAAAUGAAAUUUAUUUUAAAGCAACGAAACCUCACGUUUUGCGUUGUAUUUAAAUAAAAUCAUUAAGGAAAAGGGCAGAAGUGGCGGCCUGUGGCUCGCUGGAUCUUGAGUUCUGGGUAUCUAAUAGAGUCUUAAUUGACUAGUUACCCAUCCUGACUAGUUACCCAUGUCUCGUCUUAUAAAAGCCCUAGGGCGUAGUUGCCUCUAACUGCCGCAGCAUAUCGAUGAUUACUUACCCUGACGAGACAAGGGUUAUUACUAGUCAGGGUAAGGAAACACCAAUAUGCUGGGCAAGGCAUAAUGGCAACUACACCCUUAGGUUUACCUUGAAGAUAAAAUUCGCCUCUGAUUAACUUCAACCGAAUUGUUUCUUAACAGGGAGGCCCAAGCGAUAUCUGUUUGAUAUUCUGGCCGACGAGGCAUACAAGCGACGGUUCAAACUCAGACAGCGCGAGAUAGUCGAAGAACCUUGUACUGAUACCGAAGUGACUGCUUAACAAACGAUUUAGAAUGGCUACUUUUUUAAAAUGAAAAUGAAUAUAUGAGCCAUGCAAGUCGUGUCUUGGAGAUUUCAAGCGCUCAGAAACAUUGCUGUGUAGUAUGAUGGAGUAAUAAAUCGAACAAUGUCGAAUGCUAAGGUGCCCUUGAGGGAAAAAUAUUGCAAAUCAAUAUUAACCAUGGAAUUCUUUCCAACUAUACUUGAAAAGGUAACCACGUUUGAAUUUUGCUAUAAUGAGCAGAGCACUUCUUCAGGCAAAACUAAAAGCUCUUUUAAAAGUAUAACCUUGACAAGUACCCGGCUUUCUUGGAGUAGCUUAGAUUUAAAAAUCUGUCACAUUUGUAUGUCAUUAAAAGAAAAAUAAAAGAUCAAAGCCUUCAGAGAAUCUCUAUCAUGAAAACCGGGGUUAUUAUCUCAGACGGGACCUGGGAACAAGAUCACAUGGUCUUCAGCGCCAGAAGUUUGCGGUUUCAUUAAGGGUUUCCUUGAAAAACCAGGUGCUAACUGUCACUGCUCUAAACGCCAAUAUAGCGUUCUUCCGAUUCUCGACAUGAGUCAAAAACAACAUUUUUCUUGCAAAAUUAAAAUUCGAGACUUAUUUAAAAGAUACAGCUCCUAUAGCGCUAAUCUUUUCAGCGCAGUUUUAAUUAAGAUGGUUACGUUUUAUUUUCAAGGCAUUCAGAUAAAAUUGCACAAGUAUCUAAGCACAUUUUCAAUGUUUUGACGUUUCCCUGGUGAAAUGAUGAAAAUUUCGAAGAUAAAGUUUUAGUAAAUGAUGGCUAUCUGGUGCUGUUUAUGCAGCUGCCUACCGAGCCGAAACAAAAAAAACCUCAAUAUGGAUGAGGACGACUUGUUAUGAUAAGCAAUUUGCAAACGGAUGAGUUUUUGCAUCAGAUAACUGACAGACACUCGCAAACCCUCGUAAUCAGCCAAUGAAUUUUUCGGUAGUUCAACUAUUAUUCCAGGUCGCUAACAAGCGAUAGGUUAUAAUCAGUGGAAAAGAUCUGGCUUCAACUGUGAAGUUGAACGACAAAUUAAUCGAGAACUUUGCCCGCACUGUUCAAAGGGUGACACAGCAAUCGGUCGAGGAACUUCGUCUACUCGACACAGAAAGCCUGUUGGCAAACCAUGGCGACUAACAGCAGCACAAGGUCUGCAUUCCGAGUGGUUGGGCUUCUUGUUUAUGUCCUCAUCGGAGGAGCCAUAUUUAUGCAGAUCGAGAAGGAAACAGGCAGAAACUCUAAGAGUCAAACAUUAGAGGACUUCCUACGUCGGUGGAGUAACACGUAUAAUCUGUCCCAAGAAAAUAUCACCAAUCUGCUUAAAGAUUACGACGACACGAGGGAGAAUGGAGCGAAGCCAACAUGGACAUUCUUAAAUUCUGUUUUCUACGUUUUACAGCUUGUCACUACAAUUGGUAAGAAAGAAAUAGUUGUGAAUUUUACACCAAAAUCGUCUACCUUUUGUGAUCAGAUUAGGCACUGCAGGUGCAGAAAUAUUUUUAACAAGAAUGAGUUAUUUCAUCGAGGUGCGAUGCAAAUUAAAUACAUUUUGAACAUUUUCUUUCGAUAUGAAAGUUCCCAUCCAAAACACAGAUAUUGGACCAGUGGAACAACAUAUUCCUGAUAAACUCACAACCUUUAAGCCAGCCUAAAUGACCAGUCUUCAACCUGUGCUACAACGAAACUUUAGAACGCGCUAUUACAAUCAACAAAGAGCGUGGAUACCAUCGCUAAUUCCAAUUGAAGAGUAAAAUGUCACCUUUUACGUCCGGCAUGACAACCACAGAUUUUUACUGUAUAUUUGUAUUUAUAUUUUACUGUAUAUUUGUCAUUUUUCCAUUAGAGUCCUAGCUUCUUCAUCGAUAGGAAUCUUUUCCUUUUGAAAAUUGUCACACGCACUUAAACAUUUUUAAAAAAAAAUGCAUAUAUAAGUUUAUCAUUAUUUCUAUUAUCAUUACACUCAAAAUUAUCAAUAUUAUAAUUACCGUUCUGUCAUUAUCGUUAGUAUUAGUAUAGACCACGCUAGUAAAUAGUACUUUUCGCGCGCGCUGAUCGGCUUGUUCGGAUGUGAAUAACAAGUACUAUCCGCCUCCGAGCAGCCGAUGGGACAUAUUCGUGUGUCAAGGGCUUAUUUCCGACCAUUUUUUUGUAUAUUGAAAGAAAUAAACUAAUACCAAUUUUUUUGUAUCUGUGUGGUAUAAACUAAAAAAGUUGUUCACCGCAGUGUCGUUGAAAAUGAUAGAUAUUAACCUCGCCGCUUCACGGCUCAGUAAAUAUCCAGUACUAUUUACUACUACUUCGGUGAAUAAUUGUUAACUAGAAGACAUGUUCUCCUGUUGUUAACUAUUACUACUAAAAAAAUUAGGAUUUCAAUAAAAGCGGAGCAGUUAUCUACUGCUGCUUACAAGACCACUAACUGCCGUCUGUUUAGCCUGCCAUCAGGCAGUCGUGAUCGGGUUUCGCCUUUUAAUACGGUUCCUUUUACGGGCAUAGAUGGCUGCGACUUUAUCAGCAGCCGCUCAUGGAAAAAAUGAUUGACACCCCUACUGUUAUCGUCAUUAUUUACAUCUUUAUUAUCAUUUUUUAUCACUAGAUAUCACCACCUUUCCAUUAUGAACAUCGAGAGCCAAAUUUUUAUUGUUGCCGUGGCGCUCAGCUUAAUUCUUUCAUACGAUACCCAAAACACUGAGACAGACUGCCCCAUUAUUAAAUUAUUUAUUCAUUAAAUAUUUCCUUCAUUUUCUUUUACUAAUUCAUUUGUAUCAUUUCCCCUUUUUUCGCCAGGAUAUGGAAACAUAACGCCCACGACAGAAAGCGGUCAAAUUCUCACCGUUAUUUAUGCGCUGGUAGGAAUUCCACUCACAGUUUUAGCUCUAAAAUCAAUUGGAGAACUUGUAAACAAAGCCUUAAAAUCGGUGACCCGACCACUGCAUAGGAAAUUUCACAGUAAAAACUGCCAAGAACGUGCCUGCGAUUUUAUGGAAACUGGAAAUACCUGCAUCAAUUUAGUGUCUUGCAUUGUAACCUGGAUCAUUGCUUGUGCACUGAACACGCAUUUAGAAUCAAAACAAAGUUUUAUCACGAACUCUUAUUCCAUUUUUGUGACCUUAACUACUGUCGGAUUUGGAGACAUUAUUCCGUUUGAGGAUCACUUGUAUGUUUUCAUUAUAACUGUUCUACCCGGGUUGUGUUUCAUGUCCAGUUUGAUCGACUCGAUUGUAGCAUACUUGGAUAAAACCCGAGUGGCUACCACGCGAUCUUUUAGCCUCACGGGGUGUUGUUCAGCUAAAAACGAAGCGAGGAUAGCGGCAGAA